AUGAGGAUUCCUCCGAUCAGUGUCAUCUUGGCUUGGCCACGACCGAACUACACGAAUCCGGAGACGAAAGGGCCAGGGUUGAUGAUCAUUGAGUUGGUGUUCUUGCUCAUGGCCUUGACAUGUUUGGGAUUGCGGAUGUAUGUCAGACUUGUCAUGAUCCGCAAGACUUGGUGGGACGACUGGCUUAUGGUGGGAGCCAUGAUAUCGAUGGCAGCGCAGACGCUAUUCCUGUUUGCCUCCGGCCUCUCGAAGCUUUCGAUUCUCUGCAGCUACCUGAGGAUUGCUGCCCCCGGCACUUGGUUCUCCCGCCUCACCUGGGUCACGGGCAUCCUUGUUUUCCUCUUGACGUGGAUCUUUAUGAUCGUCUUAUGGACUCAGUGCGCACCGAUCUGGCACUAUUGGACCCUCUUUGCCGACUGGGGCAACUGCAUCCCAGAAUGGCCCCCGCUGGCCGGCCAAGGCAUCACGACCGUCAUGACCGACAUCGCCGUCUACCUUCUUCCGAUGCCUACACUAUUCAGACUUCAGAUGCCAAUGAUGCAGCGAAUCAGCUUGGCGGCGCUGUUCGGUCUUGGCCUGUUGGUGGUCAUCGCGGGCAUCAUGCGUACGUACUGGGUGCUGUACGUCGAGAUCACUUACGUCGAGGACCCGAGCUACGACCUUACGUGGGAUUCCUACAAUAUCUGGAUCUGGACAGCUCUCGAGGCCAAUUUCGCCAUCAUUUGCGGUUGUGCACCUGCGAUCCGACGAUUGUUCACCAAGGGUGGAAAUCAGAGUCAGUUCAAGGUUGGCAGCUCCGUACAGACAAUUGGCUCCUCGGGGAUGAAGAGAAAGAGGGGCAAAGGGGGCUCAGGAAACGACUUGGAAGGACAUAGGCUCUCAGCCUUCGAGUCAAGGGCGGAUAAUGACAAUGAUAAUGAUGCGUCUGUGACGGAGCUGGUACAUUUGGAGGGGGAGGAUAAGAAGACAUGA